AUGCGAGCCGGAUCCGCUGCCCGCAGCGCCGCCACCGAGCUGGCCACCGACCGCGAGCUGGCGGUUGACGUCGUGGAGCCACGACGUGUGUCGAGCCAGUGGGACGCCAUAGUGUGGCAGGGUCUGGCUUCGGGUGCGUCGGCGACACGGUCGCCGGCAUCGGUGGCUGCCCUCACUCCUUCGGCACCGACUCACUGCACGGCUGUCGAUCAUCCGCCACCGCUGCCGAUGGUUUCGGCGGUGGCUCCGGCUGACGUGCCCUUUGCUGAUCUGGUGGCCUCGCUUGAUAGGGCCACUGCUGCCCGCUCGUCGCGCUUUAUCCAUCUGGCCGCCGCAGCCGCCGCAGAGGCUCUGGAGGAUGCCGAGUGGGCACCGGCUGGGACCAAGGCUGCGCUGCGGACAGGGGUGGCUCUCGGCUCGGGCAUGGGCUCGAUGGCAGACAUCCACGAUGGGACUCUGGCUUUGGUCGAUCCCGAGCGCGGGCCGCGGCGAAUCUCGCCGUUCUUUGUCCCGCGGAUUCUGGUCAACCUGGCGGCGGGUACCGUCUCGAUCGCCCACGGUCUGCAGGGCCCGAACCACGCGGUGGCGACGGCGUGUGCCACUGGUGCGCACUCGAUCGGCGACGCGGCAAACUUUAUUGCGCUCGGCUACGCCGACGUCAUGGUGGCCGGCUCAUCCGAGGCUGCGCUCGACCCUCUGGCGCUCACCGGCUUUGCCCGGGCCAAGGCGCUGUCGACAGCGUGGGCGCGGACGCCCGAAGUGGCGUCCCGGCCAUUUGACCAGCUGCGAGAUGGGUUUGUCAUGGGUGAGGGCGCCGGCGUGCUCGUUCUGGAAGAGCGUGAGCACGCGAUUGCCCGUGGCGCCCACAUCUACGCCGAGCUCCAGGGCUAUGGUCUGACGGGUGACGCACACCACACGACGGCGCCGGCGCCCGAUGGGCGCGGGGCGCUGCGGGCCAUGCGGAUGGCGCUGCGGAGGGCGCGGGUUCCGGUCGAAGAGCUCGACUACAUCAACGCGCACGCAACGUCGACUUCGCUUGGUGACGCGGUCGAGUACUCGGCUAUCCACAAGCUGCUCUCGGAUGCCGAGGCGAGCGAGCCGCUCCUGGUCUCGUCGUCCAAGGGCGCGAUCGGGCACCUGCUCGGAGCCUCGGGUUCAGUGGAGGCACUCAUCACGGUCCUUGCGCUCCACCACGGGGUGGCGCCGGUCAACACCAACCUCGAGAACAUCGACGCGGCGCUCGACUCCGAGCUGGUCGAACUCGUCCAGCACAAGUCUCGCAAGGCUGAGCUCACCUACGCACUCUCCAACUCGUUUGGCUUUGGCGGGACCAACGUCUCACUCUGCUUUGCUUCGGGGCCUGCGGCUGUCGAAUGAUGAUGACGAGGCUACUCACUCGUCCGAGUCCGAGUCCGAGUCGACGUCGUCGUCGAGGCGCGAGGGCCGGCUGCGGUAGCCGCCGGGCGACAUGAAGAGGUGCAGCGGCGAGAGCGGCUGCUGGCCGGCAAGGCCGUAUGCAAACGGCGAGCCAAAGCCGGCGCCAAACAUGCCGGCCGGCCGCGGCCGGGUCAUCGGCGACGAGAGCCACGGCGCCGGGUACGAGAGUCCGCCACCGACUCCGAUCAUCGAGUCGUUGCCGGUGUAGGCUGCGGUCGACGGGCCGGUGUACGAGUUGGCGGUGGCAGACACAGCCGGCGAGCCAGCGAGCGCGGCGGCCUGGGCGGCGUACUUGUCGAGGACGACCCGGCGCUUGGUCUUGAAUGAAGCGGUGAGCUCCCGCUUGGCGACCGAGAACGGCGCCGGGGCAAAGGUCCAGCGGGCGACGGCGCAGCCAGCAUUGUCGAGGCUGUCGUUGUAGGCGCGGACGGCGCGGUCGACAAGGGCCUUAACCCGGGCGUCAGCGGCGACGUCGGUGACGGCGUCCGAGACCAGAUCGAUGCCGUGCGACUCGAGAAUGGCGUGGGUGUGGAGCGAGAUGUCACGCGACGGCGGGCCGGAGCCCUCGGACUCGGAUUUGAGGGUGACAAAGGCGCAGAGCGCGUCACGGUGCGAGCCAAAGACAAGCACGUCGGCGACAAUGGGGAGCUGGGCCUUGAGCAGGGCCUCGACUGGCGCAGGCGCGACAAAGUUGUCCUCACCAACCUUGAUCAUGUCGCUCUUGGUUCCGUGGACAAAGACGUAGCCGUCAUCCAUGCGGCCGACGUCGCCCGUGACAAAGAAGCCCGAGUCGAGGACACGCCGCCGCGACGACGACUCGUCCUUAAAGUAACCCUUGAAGACG